CCAAACAGGAGAACACAUACCUUGAAGCCCAUGAAGCCCGAUGUGCAGCUUUGAAUAUGUCCCAGAAAACAAGUCGUCCCACCCGGAAACCGUAGCAAAGUGGUCCAAAACGUUUUGAGACGGGACGCGUCUUUGACUUUCUCUCAGGCUGCCCGGCCAGAACAGGUUUACACCAACUUUACCUGGAUUAAUAAUUAACAGCAGUCCCUUGAACAGACAGCAGGAUGUUUUACCAGAUGGCUGGACUGUCUCUUCAAUGUUCGCUCAGAACCAUACUUUUUUUCAUUGUCCAUCUUCUAUCACACUUUUGUACAGGUCACUCUCAGUUAAUUGGUUCUCCUCAGCCAAUAGUGGCAAAAGUUGGCGAUGACAUCAUCUUGCCAUGUCAUUUGCAGCCUGCAGUGGAUGUUGCUGCCAAGACUUUUGAGUGGACAAGACCAGACCUGAACCCCAGAUUUGUUUAUGUGUGGCGUGCUGGUCAGGACGUUGUAAAUGUAAAAAAUCCUUCCUUUAAAGGAAGAACAACUCUGUUCACUGAUGAACUGAAGCACGGAAACAUUUCACUGAAACUCUCCAAAGUGAAACCUUCUGAUGAGGGGAGAUACAAAUGUUACAUUCCAGAUAUGAACACAGACGCCUCCGUUGAGCUUGUUGUUGGGGCCGUCUCCUCACCUGUCAUCAGUUUAGCAGGGAUUGACAGAGACAAAGGGGGAGUGGUGUUACAGUGUGAGUCUGCAGGCUGGUAUCCAGAGCCUGAGGUGUUUUGGCUGGACGGUGAGGGAAACCUCCUCUCUGCUGGACCUACAGAGACAGUCAGAGGUCCUGAUGACCUCUAUACUGUCAGCAGCAGAGUGACUGUGGAGAAGAGACACAGCAACAACUUCACCUGUAGAGUCCAACAGAAGGACAUCAACCAGACCAGAGAGACUCACAUCCAGGUUCCAGAUGAUUUCUUUGAGGUCCAGUCCAGUUUGUCCCCCGUCACAGUUGGAUUGGCUGUUUGUUUGGCUGCUUGCAUCAUGAUAAUUUUGUUACUUAUCUUUUCUGUGUGGAAAUGGAGACAGAACAGAAUCAAGAGCAAGAGAAGCCACAGGGAUGAAAUGGAUAAAGGAGAACAGAAGGAGCGCUUUAAAAGAAACAAACCUGAAGAUCAGCUCCACAUUGAAGCAGAAAGAGAGCAGCUCAUGACAAAUGAAACAGUGACAAUGAAGAGUUUGAAGAACAAAAAAGGGGAAAGGGAGACAAAACAUUUUAAGGAGCAGCAGCUGCAGGAGGAGCAGCAGAGGAGGGAUGAAGCUGAGAAAAGAGUUCAGACACUGAAAGAUGAGCUGGAGACCAAGAGGAAUGAGGUUGAAAGCAAACAAGCUGAGCUGCAGCAGCUCCAAGAAGAGAAGCAGAGGAAGGAGAACGACCUGCAGACUGUGAAGGAAGAGCUGGAGAACAAGAACAAAGAGCGCCGGGUUCAAAAUAAGGAAGCUGAGUUGAAGACACUGAAGACAAAGCUGGAGACCCAGGAAAUGGAAUUAAACACUAAAAUCAAAAAGAUUGAAGACAAACAAGCUGAAGUCCAGCAGCUCCAGGAUGAGAUUCAGAGGAAGGAGACCAUCCUGCAGACGGAGAACAGAAAGUUGGAAAGAAGCAGAGUUGCUCCAGUUCAGCCUUCCUCCCCUCUGCUGCUACACAACACCAGGCUGCUGCAAAGCAACCACAGCCUCGUCUGCACAGGCUCUCAGAUUGAAGACAAACAAGAUGAAGUCCAGCAGCUCCAGGAUCAGAUUCAGAGGACGGAGACCAUCCUGCAGACGGAGGAGCUGAAAAGAAGCAGAGUUGCUCCAGUCCAGCCUUCCUUCCCUCUGUUUAAGUGGCCGAUCGUUUCCAGGCAGAAGUUCCAGGAUGAGCAGCAGAGAAGGGAGGAAGCAGAGAGCAGAGUUAAGACCCUGGAGGAGGAGCUGGAAAGACUGACAGCUGAAGUCCAGAAGCUCCAACAGCAGAAGCAGAGGAGUCAGAAUGAGCUACAAAAUGAGCUGGAGACCAGGACAAAAGAGGUUCAUCUUUCAUUAAUAUUGAUUUGUUUCCACAAACCUAUUUGUUUGUUUUUUGUUUGAAAUCUCACAGUUGCU